ACCACGGACGCGGGAUGGCAUGGCGGUCGGAUCACUUGCAGGCGCACGACAGCUCUCAGACUUACAGAGACGAACGGGGGCCCAAAUGCCGUUGUUUGGUCUUUGCGAGACAAGAGCGCUGCGCUCGUCAGUCGUCAUCAUUGCGGGGUCGCCUUCGAGGGAUGAGAUGCCUUCGUGGGGCAACGAGGAGGGAAGACGAACAUUGCAAUCUUGGAGGCGAGAUGCGGACCCCAUCAGGCCAUGUCAGUCUGACCCGCGCAGGAGGACGCCCAGGUGUAUGCGGUCGAGCUUGCCUGCCUGUCUCUCAUCCCCACACUUGUCGAAGACCUCAUCCACUCUGGCGACCCCGCCCAGCGUUCGAUCCCAGCCUCUUCUCUCACCUUCAUUCUCAUCAUCUCUCUCCUCUCCCCUUUCUAGGUCCCUACCUUCUCGCCAGUAACCAGGAUGUCAACAGAUAAGUCAGGCCCUCAAUCGCUCACGCUGCGCCAGCAGCUGGGCUUCGAGGCUGAUCCUAAUAAGCUGGAGCACACCGUCUCCUCCUCGGGCGCUCCCGUCACCAAGAUGGAGAGCAGCCAGCCUGGAUUCCCCGUCUACCAUCGCCGCAUCGCAAACCCCGUACCUUUAACCUUCAUCUGCAUCGGUGCCUUCUUCAUCCUCUACGGCGCCCUCCUGACCGAGGUCCGUGGGCUUCGCAACUGGCAAAUCAUCCUCAACAUUGGUCUCCCGCUCUGCGGCCCAGGUCUCAUGGCAGCGUCAAUGUUCUCCUUUGCGGAGGGAUCUACUUUCCUCGCCACCUUCGCAGGAUCUCUCUCGGGUAUCCUGAGCGGGUACAGCUUGACAUUCCUCCCUUGGACUGGGAUUGCAGCCACGUACAUCGAGACGGCCCAAAUGAUGAACGAGCCCAUAUCGGCUGGGCUGGAUCAGCUGCAGCAGGCGCAGGGAAUGCUCUUCCUCAUCGCUAUGAUCCCCAUCUUUGUCCUCCUGGUUGGGUCUGUUCGCACCUCCAUCCCGAUCUCGGCAACCACCCUCUUUAUGGUGCUGGCUUUCAUUCUGCAGGGCGCUAACCUGCUCCAGGGAGGCGAGAAGGCCAUUCAGUAUGCCGCGGGAGCCUUCUUCUGGAUCGCGGGGAUUAUCUGCUGGUACAUCAGCUUGUCGGUGUUGCUUCAGGAGGAGAAGAUCGGGAUUCUCCCCGUUUUCCCAUUGCCUAGGGUUGCCUAGGUGUGCGCUCACGUAGGCAAGAAGAAGUGCUGCUGGGCCCCAGGGUCGCGUCAGGCGAGGGAGGAAUUACCAUUCUCU